AGGAGGGGCCGGAAGUCGGGGCGGCGGGAGCGUCAGAGAAGCCGGGGCGGCGGGGCGGCUCCUCAGGCUGGGUCGUCGCCGGGUCGUCGUCGUCGGCGGAGGAUGGAGCAGGAGGAGAUCCUGAGGCGCUUCAUCCAGCGCGUGAGGGCCAUGAAGGACGCCGAGCGACACGGCGAGGACAACUUCGCCGCCGACUUCAUGAGACUGAGGAGGUUGUCAACAAAAUAUAGAACAGAAAAGAUCUACCCGACCAUCACUGGGGAAAAAGAAGAAAAUGUGAAAAAGAACAGAUAUAAGGAUAUACUGCCAUUUGAUCACAGUAGAGUUAAACUGACGUUAAAAACUCCCACCCAAGAUUCUGACUACAUCAAUGCAAAUUUCAUUAAGGGAGUAUAUGGACCAAAAGCGUAUGUGGCUACCCAGGGACCCCUUGCAAAUACAGUAAUUGAUUUCUGGAGGAUGAUAUGGGAGUACAAUGUGGCGAUUAUCGUAAUGGCCUGUCGGGAAUUUGAAAUGGGAAGGAAAAAAUGCGAACGCUACUGGCCACUGUACGGAGAAGAAAGCAUCUCAUUUGGACCAUUCCACAUUUCUUGCGAAGCUGAACAGGUCAGGACUGAUUACUACAUUAGAACCCUGCUGAUCGAAUAUCAGAAUGAAUCGCGUAGAAUCUAUCAGUUUCAUUAUGUAAAUUGGCCUGACCACGAUGUCCCUUCAUCCUUCGAUUCUAUUCUGGACAUGAUCAGUUUAAUGAGAGAAUAUCAGGAGCACGAAGACGUUCCUAUUUGCAUACACUGCAGUGCAGGGUGCGGGAGGACCGGGGCCAUCUGUGCGAUAGAUUACACAUGGAAUUUGUUGAAAGCCGAGAAAAUUCCAGAGGAAUUCAACGUGUUUAAUUUAAUACAAGAAAUGAGGACCCAGAGGCAUUCUGCAGUACAGACUAAGGAGCAGUACGAGCUUGUUCACCGGGCCAUCGCGCAGUUAUUCGAGAAACAGUUGCAAAAAUACGAGAGCUCUGCAGCGUGGAAAAUUGCAGAUGGAUUGAACGAAGUGAACACCGAGAACGCUGUCAGUUCUGGAGAGCUGGAGAAACAAGAUUCCCCUCCCCCGAAGCCACCGCGGACUCGCAGCUGCCUUGUGGAGGGAGAUGUGAAAGAGGAAAUUUUGCAGGCCCCAGAGCCCCAUCCGGUGCCCCCCAUUCUAACCCCAUCGCCUCCUUCGGCCUACCCGACCGUGACGACGGUGUGGCAAGACAGCGACCGAUACCACCCCAAGCCUGUUUUGCACAUGGUGUCUUCAGAGCACCCCACAGACCUCAACGAAAACUACGGUAAAUCCAGGGAAUAUUCAGGGAAGCACGAAUCCUCGGACCCCGCCGAUAAAAAGCUGGAGCACAACUUGAGCUUCGAAAUUAAGAAAGUGCCCCUGCAGGAAGGACCGCGCAGCUUCGACGGGAACCCUCUCCUGAGUCGGGGAAACGCACUUAAAAUUAAAACGGGCCCGCCGGGUGCAGCGGAGAUGGCCUCAAAACCGCAGGAGCGCGGCUCCGGAGAUGCGCCGAUGGAGACCGCCCAGAACUCUUGCAGCGAAUGCAAUCUGCAGCCGGUCACUCCAGUGGCAAUAUCCUCUCGGGAAGGACAUCGGGGUCUUACUACAGAUGCCCGGGAAAGGCCAGACUGCUUGCCCCUUAAUAAAGAGAAGGGACACGCCAUGUGGUCCUUAGAAGAGACUAAAAACGAGCAUCCCUUCUCCGAGGAGGAGGAAGCGCCUUUACCCAUUUUAUGUCACGAAGUUAAAAAUCUGUCCGUGGACUCGGAUGCGCCAGGUCAAAUGGACACCCCUCCCAGGGAGCUGGCAGGCCACUGCCACAGUGACACGCUGCCGGUUAGAGCGCCUCUGUGUUUCACCAACCCCCUGCACUCGGACGACUCUGACACGGAGGAAAGAAACUCUGAGGGGGACGUGGCACGUAGCACGUUGAAUAGCGUCUCCGUGGCAAGCGCCACGGUUUCCGCAGCGACUAACACAGAAAACAUUUCCACUAGAAAAGUGUUGCCGAUGUCCAUCGCGAGGCAGGAUAAUCCAGCCCUAAUGCAUUCCGAAUCUGAUAAAGAAAGAAUGAUGGAAUUGCUUGUGCUUGCAAGUCCACAGGUCACAGCUUUGCCAAAAAGCCCUGCUCUUCAACAGUCGGCCGAAUGGAAUUUGUUACAAGAACAGAAUACUUCCGAACAACCAAAAUGUACAGGAAUGAAAAUCACGGAGUCUUCACAGCCUGAUAACUCAGAGCUGGGAGACAAAUCUCCAACGGAUACAAUACCUCAACCAUCUCCCACCAGUCUAACUCCUAAAGGACAGCCCUUACCAGAGAUUGCAAUUGAGACUACAGAUAUUGGGUUUGGUAGCCGCUGUGGAAAACCAAAAGGACCAAGAGACCCUCCUUCAGAAUGGACAUGAUGCAAGAACCAAUGGACACAUAUUAAAUUAUACUGGAAAAUUCAAGUGCCACUGAACAAGAUCCGUAGUAUUCCAAUGCUUUUAUUUUUUUGGAACAAUCGGUGUACAUAUAGCUACACAAUGGUACACUUUUGUAUACAUCUACACAAAUAUUAAAGAUUCAAAAUGGUGGAUUCUAUACUUCAAACUUAACUUUUUGCUGGGGCCAUCAAUCUGCCUUAUUACAUUUAAAAAAAAGUAUUACUUAUGGUUUGUUACUUCAAGUAUUAUUGCCUUAAUGUCUUUUAAACCUGUUAAAACACUUGUUUAUAGACAUGUUAAUAUGGUGAAACUUUUGACAAAUUGAGUUUAUGAAGAACUUUUUUUGCAAAUGUUUGAUUACCAUGUACAUUUUAUUUUGUGUAUGUGUAUAGGGCAAGCCAGGUAUAUAAUUUGAUAAAGCUGCAAUCGUAAAGUAUUAACAGAAGGUGUAAGAAAUCUCUGCAUGAACUAAAGUUGUGUACCUUGUAAAUUAUUUGCCCUAAUGUUUUAGAAAAUAGUUUUUUUUAAAGAAAAUGUUGGUGCACAUUCAGAAUUACAGAAUAGCAGAGAUGAAGAUUGUAAUACAUUUUGUAAAUUGUAAGCAAAAAGUUAUUUUUAUAUUAUAUACUGUUUCAACUGUCAGUCCUAAUUUGUCCUGGUUUUCAUCUAGUCACUGAUAUUCCAUAAGUGCCUUGAAAGACCAGAUUUUUAGCAUGAACAAGUUACCUAUAGAGACUAGUGUUAUCAACAUAUUUGAACUGUCAGUAAAAGAGAAUAUUUUAAAACCCUUUAAGUUUUCCUUUAUAUUGUAUUUCAGUUUAAAUUCUUAGAAUUUUCAAAAGGAAAACCUUGGUAAGUACCAUCAGGAUUAUUAUGACUAAUAAUGCUAGUAAAAUAUUUUCCCUAAGACAGUUUUAUGUAAACAUUUAAAAGUACCAAAAUUCUUACUGCAUCAUUCUUCCUCGACAAACUUCAUUGGCAAAUUCCCAAACUCCUAUCAAUUUGUUUCAGUUUAUAUUAGGGAUUCUUCAAGAAAUGAAUUAAUGCUCAUUCAUAUAUAUUCUAGAAGAGGUAGCAUUACUUUCUUGGGCUUAAAUGUCCUUCCAGUUAUAAAAUAUUUUUGUACCAAGUCCCUUCCCUGCCCCUCUUCGAUUUGCAUGCUAGUGAUCGCACUCUAACAAUAGCAAUUCAAAUGAAAGUACCUAGAGUUCUUACCCUUUUUCAUUAUAAGCCCAGGGCAAUUUCUGAAGGCUGUUAAUUCUCAGAAAAUAUAAUAGUCAAGAUUUCUAAAAUUGUUACUUGGGUUAGCAAGCCAUCCUUUCCCUUCACAAACAUACGUUGAACUACCAAGUUCAAAUUCUUUGGGAAUAUGUAUAGUUCCUAUAUGAUGACAUUUUCAUUUGACUUUUGGUCUGCUAUAGUGUAACACAUGCAGUUACUAACCUGAUGAUUCAAAACCAAUUAUUUUAUUGAAAUAUCAGUAAUGUGUAUGCAUAUCUCUCUCUCAGCCUUGACAGAAAAGGCUAUGUUGUGUAAGGAGAAAAUGAGCAGAAUUUAUGCUUUUUAUUAAGAGUGAAAGACUCCUGUAGAAAUCAAUAAUGUGUUUUGGGCUUAGUCUUUUGCUGGUAGUGGAAGAUUGGGUUCUAUCAACUAUAAUUUCUAGAGCAGACUUUCUGCAAAGCUCAGUAAGCAGAAUGGUUUUGCCACUGGAAGGACUGGCUUAAGCUGUUCUACAUAAAGAAAGUUACCUGAAUUUAAGUGUCCUAAUACAGGGUGUGCAAUUUUAUGUGGCUGAAAGCCUGUAUUUCAGAAAAUCAAGGGGGUCCUUAAAAUCAGCCUGGGAGGAAGAUAUAUGCUAUGACCAAACAAUUAAUUGAGGCUAAUGUGCUUAUUUUUUUUCUCCAGCAAAACCUGGUGGGAGAUCAUGGUUCCCUUUAUGGCAAUUUGCUGCUAAAUUAGUGCAGUUGUUGCUUCCAGGGGGAAAAAAGGUAUGGUGUAGGAUCUUGAUGUUUCUGUCCACCUAUGGAUGCAACUGAGGUUUCAGAAGAUUGUUAUGAGUUCUUAAAAACAAAGUCAUUUCUUACUUGCCUCAGAAAUAUAUUCUGGAAAAGCACAAUACUAUCACAAGAGUAUAGUGCAUCUGUCAGAGUAACAUGCUAAUUUUAUUACCACUGCCCAAAGUCCUAGGAAAGGUAAUUUAGUUUAUCUUCUUCCUGAAUUUUCCAAGUUGAAUAAAAAAAAAUAUUGGGAAUAUAUUUACAGUAGUGCUUAAAGGUUUGCAAACCCUUUUGAAUUUCCAUUAUUUCUGUCUAAAUAUGACUUUAAAUGUCAUCUCUUUUCCUCAUUAUGUCCUAAAAUUGGAUAAAGAAAACCUAAUUAAACAAUGAAAACUCUUUUCCCCAUUUGCCUUGAAUGCCAAGAUAAUAAUCUGAAAAACUAUACAGUUGGUUUGCUAACUUUUUAUAUUGGCACUACAGCUCAGUUUGAAAAUAUGCACUAAGGUAUCACGGACAUUGUGUGUUUAGAACAAUGUGCUUUUUCAAAAGCGCUGAUAAUAAAAAUCUCUAGUUUUAAUAUUAAAAUAACUUCCAUAUCUAUGCCUUCUCAUGAAUUACAAUGCUUAUUCUAAAAUGCUUCUAUGUAAUUCUUAUUCUAAAAUUAUUCUAACACUUGAGUUUCAAAGAUUACCUCAAAACCUUUUUAAACAAAACUUUUAAAGCAUUCUGAGUUCAAAUAGUUUCUGCAAGCGUAACAGAAAUGUAAAUUUAGCUAAUACUCUUCUUACACUAUUAAGAUAACUAAAGAAUGUCAAAUUUAAUCUUGCAACCAGGGCAAAUUAAAAAACCGGAAUAAGAGGAAAUGAACAAUCUAGAUUGUGAAGAUUGAUUAAAAUAUUGAGCAGCUGCAGUACUUGCACUAUUAUAUAAACACGACAUCAGAAAGCUAAUUAUAGUUCUUUGGACGAAUUUGUUACUGGACCAUAAAGUUUAUACAUAGGAUUUCCAGUCUUUAAAUAAAUAAAUUGGGUACUUUCAAAUUAUGCCUUUGGAAAUGUGUUGUUUUUGCAAUCUGAAGGAAAGUGGUGGUUCAGUAUUCAUUGCUUGAUGCUGUUGAAAUUGUUAAUAUGAUACAAAUCCUAACAUAUUUCACCUCUAAGUGAAAAUUUCAUAAUUCUAUAAAGUUUUACAAAGUAAUGCAUUAACAAAAACUUGUAUUAUAGAAUGCCAGAUUCAGCCGACACAUUUCCAAGAAAUAGAGGAAAUGUUCAUGUAAUAUAGUCUUAAUUCCCCAGGUAGGUCUCACUUUUCAGUUAAUAUAUUUGUUCUGAUAGUAUUUUUUUCAAACCCUGUUAAGCUAGCUCUUCUGUUUACAUAAUACAUUUCUAUCAAGGUACAACGUCAACUUUAUAGGGGGUUUUUGGUCCUUCAAAAAUUUCAGCAUAUUUUCCACUUCAAACAUUUAAAGAAGUCUUCUAAACCUCAACAUUAGGGCUGCUACAAUGACUUCAGCAGGUAAGAUCCUAUCUGAAAAACUCAGAUACCAUUAAUUAUCUACAGAUCUCAAGGGACCCCUAGUUGGGUCAUGAUCUUAUAAAGUAGUUAACAUCUAUGACUUAACUGUGGGAAGAAAAGCAAGAAGAGGAAGUAAUAGAACAGGGUUGGAAGGGACGUAAGAGGUCUUCUAGUUCAACCCCCUGCUCGAGCAAGAGAGCCUAUACCAUUGUAGACACAUGGUUCUCCAGUCUUUUUCUGAAAGCCUUUAGUGAUGGCGCACCCACAACUUCUGAAGGCAAGCUAUUCCAUUGGUUGAUUGUUCUCACCAUUAGGAAAUUUCUCCUUCGUUCUAGGUUGCUUCUCUUAUUGGUUAAUCCUUAACUUGGGCCUUCUACUGGGGUGAUCAAGGAGAGAUAAAGGUUAGGUCAUGGUGUUGAUAUUCACAA